AUGAGAAGAAUCUCCUGUCUGCUACUGAAACAACCUUCUCCUUCAAUCACACACAUCCACUUCUCCUUUCCCCUUCACCUCCAAACACAUCCCCCGCACCACCACAAUGCCAAUUCAUUCUCCCACUCCUUCAAAACCCUACCUCUCCCUCCCCCAGAACUCGUCGAACCUUUCUCCGACCUCUCCGACGUCAUCUCCUCCAAACAAAACCUCCAGCCCUCUCCAUGGUUCACACAAAUCCUCAACCUCCUCGACAAUUCCCCAACCAUGGAAUCAAAUCUCGACUCCUUCUGCCGCCAAUUUCUCAUCACUCUCUCCCCCUCCUUCGUCGCCCACGCUCUCCGUUCCCUCAACAACCACCACACCGCCCUCCGUUUCUUCACCUGGGCUUCCCACCAACGUAACUACUCACAUUCCCUCGAUUGCUACGUUUCACUAAUCAACCUACUCCUAUCCCCCUCAACCAACACCACCUCCGCCGCAUUAAAUAUUUUUGCAGAACUUCAACGUAGCCGCCUCCCCUUAACAUCCCCAUCCGCCAACUCCCUCAUCAAAAGCUUCGGUAACGCCGGCCUGGUCAAUGAACUUCUAUUAGUUUGGCGUGGAAUGAACGAACAAAACAUCCACCCGACUCUUUUCACUUACAACUCCCUUCUUAACGGACUCGUUGGUUCCUCUUUUAUCGAAUCGGCCGAGCGUGUUUUUGUCGCCAUGAAAGAAGGAAGAAUAAAGCCUGAUGUUGUAACCUACAAUACUUUGAUCAAAGGGUAUUGUAAGAUUGGGAAAACACGAAAGGCGACUGAGAUGGUUCGCGAAAUGGAGGUAAUUAACUUGGAGCCUGAUGUUGUUACUUAUAUGACAAUAAUGCAGGCUUGUUAUUCUGAAGGGGAUGUUGAUUGUUGUUUGAGUCUUUACCAUGAGAUGGAGGAUAAGGGAUUUCAAGUUCCUUCUCAUUGUUAUACUUUGCUCAUAUGCGGGCUUUGUAAGACGGGGAAGGUUUUAGAAGCUUAUGCUUUGUUUGAGAAUAUGCUUAGAAAUGGUUGUAAGGGUAAUAAGGCUGUUUACACUGCUUUGAUUGAUUGUUAUGGGAAGAGUGGGAAUUCUGAUGGGGCUUUAAGGUUGUUUGAGAGGAUGAAAAUGGAUGGGAUUGAGCCUGAUGAGGUUACUUAUGGUGCUAUUGUUAAUGGGUUAUGUAAGAGUGGCAGAGUAGAGGAAGCUUUGGGUUAUUUUCGGUUUUGUAAUGAGAAUGCUGUUGUUGUCAAUGCUGUUUUUUAUUCUAGUUUGAUUGAUGGACUUGGAAAGGCGGGAAGGGUGGAUGAAGCUGAGAAGGUGUUUGAUGAAAUGGCUGAGAAGGGGUGUCUGCCGGAUUCAUAUUGCUACAAUGCGCUCAUCGAUGGACUGUGUAAGUGUGGGAGGAUAGACGAUGCUUUAGUGCUGUUUAAGAGGAUGGAGUGUGAUGGUUGUGAGCAUACUGUGUAUACGUUUACUAUACUUAUCAGUGAGCUUUUCAGGGUGCAUAGGAAUGAAGAAGCCGUCAAGAUGUGGGAUUUGAUGAUUGACAAAGGGAUAACGCCGAACGUUGCUUGUUUUAGGGCUUUUUCAAUUGGAAUGUGUCUUUCAGGAAAAGUUGCGAGGGCUUGUAAAGUGCUGGACGAGCUUGCACCUAUGGGGGUUGUUCUUGAAACGGCUUAUGAAGAUAUGAUUGGAGCGCUGUGUAAAGCUGGUCGUGUGAAGGAGGCUUGUAAGUUGGCUGAUGGAAUUGUGGAUAGGGGUAGAGAAAUACCUGGGAAGAUUAGAACUGUGAUGAUUCAUUCCUUAAGGAAAGCUGGGAAUGCUGAUUUGGCUAUCAAGUUGAUGCAUAGCAAGAUUGGUAUUGGAUAUGAUCGAAUGCGGAGCGUUAAAAAGAGAGUCAAGUUUCAAACCCUUGUUGACAACUGA